AGCGGGCUGCGCCGUACGUGUCCACGCAGCCCGCUAAUCGAAAAAUUCCGAGUGUUGUGCAAAUGCUUGUGUUUUUAUGGCGGUCACAUUACUACGAGUGUUGGUGCUGGGUGUGAUCGCGGCGGCUGCCGACGAUGUGCCGAUAACGUGGUUGUCGUCACCGCGCGCGUCCGUGCCGUGCGUGGUGCCGGACGCGGGCCGGAUCCCGGCGCGGCGGCCCCCACCCCCCCUCGAGGCUGAAGACAAGCCCCGACCGAAGCCCUACGUCUGGAAGAAGGGCGAUGAAGAUGUUAAACGGGUACUAAGUAAUGGUACUCUUGAAGUGUCGAAGAAGAAGGAUGGGAGCUCCGAGGGAGUGUACCAGUGCACCGUCAGGCACCAUGCUGGCCUGGUGCUCGGGUACCCCGUCCACGUCAAGUUUGCAUAUUUAGACAAGCAGUUCUCGGUGCACCCCGAGAAUGCGACGGUGUGGCGAGGCCAGCCGACCGUGCUGAACUGCGCCAUCAGCUCAGGCCCUGACGCCACCCUCUCCUGGCAGAAGGAUGGAGAACCUCUGCCUGAUAGUAAUAGAUAUCAUUUACUAAAUAACCAACUACUAAUAACGGACGUGACAGAUGAAGAUGCAGGAUUGUACAGAUGUAAAGCAACGAACUCUCACGCGAACAGAACGAGAGUCAGUCAUGGAGGUAGACUGCAAGUUGAGGAGUACCCUGCAGACCUGGAGCCUGGGAUGCUCCCGGUGCAUGACCAGAGGGACAUAGCUGUUCCAGCAGGCGGGACCUUGGUGAUGCCAUGUCCUGUUACAGGAUGGCCACGGCCAAGACUAAUAUGGCAGUUCUCUCAGCCUGGCGAGAGGACGAGUGAGCUGGAGGAGACGGAUGAGGUCCUCAUACGGAAGCAUGUGGACCUGCAGCAGGAGGGAGUUUACACCUGCAGUGUUGAAGGCAAUAGUGAUCUGUUCAAGACCUUCAACGUAACCAUAACAGAACCAGUCAAGAUCACGGUGCCACCCAUCUCGAAGCAGACCAUCAGAGCCGGCACCGUCCGGUUCAACUGCACCGCUGUUGGGAGACCAGCCCCCACUGUCACCUGGUACAAGGAUGGAAAGCCGCUGGUAGUGGCUGGGAGGAUCGUGGUGUUACCAUCGACAGAUGGGAAGCGAAUGGAACUUCUCAUCAGGAGUCUCACAUCCGAAGAUGCAGGUGUAUACCAAUGCUUCGCCCAGAACCCUACGUCAUCAGCCUCAGCGUGGGCUACCCUGAACGUGACAGGAGCGGGUGCUGCAGCUCCCACAGGCGUGCAAUGUUGGCCGGCCGGCGCCAGGGCCGUCGCUGUGCGCUGGCCCAAGGUCAACGCUGAUGUCAUGGCUUAUACCGUGCAGAUUACCACGCCAGGUGGCAAUUCAUUACCCGGGCAGCCAGUUAUUGGCAUCGAGGAGAUCAUCUCUGUUGCGGAACCACUCACACCUUACGGUUUCCAGGUUCGUGCUUACAUCAAGUCAUCAUCAACGAACAAGAACGUCGCAAGUGACAUAUCUGAGAGUGUCACGUGUCAGGGACAAGGGGUACCAAUAAAACUGGCUCGCCAAGGAGACGACAUCAUAGUAUCUUGGAAGCAGUUCGCAGACCAGACUCCUGGCGUGCUGCAGUGGAUCUUGCAGUAUAAGGCGGAGAACAGCACUGAUGAGCAUAACGUCACCUUGGAUAAGGGCGUCACCAAUCAUACCAUAAAAGUACCUUCAGAAGAACCGCUGCAAGUCCGAGUGCUGGGCACGAGGCAGCUGCCGUGGCUGCACCAGAACCUGACGCUGGUGCCGUGGACGUCCACCACCAUCGCCAUUAAUGCUCCCGACGGCGGAGAGGUGACUGCGGUUCCUGAGGAUGUAGAAGUGACGAACGUUCGUCCGCGGGAGUUCACGGUGCGGUGGCGCUGCGAGGAGUCGGAGCUGUCGCUGGAGACCUACACCUACAUGGUGUGCAUCAGGAAGGUGGAUGGGAAUGAGGAGUGCAUGGAGAGUCGCAGCAAGUCAAUACGCAUAGACAAGUUGUCCCCGAGUACGGAGUACGAAGUUCGAGUCCAGGCUCGCAUACCAGCGCGGAUGGCCGUCGGAGAGUUCUCCACACCUGUACAUAUUUGGACACAGGGCGAGGGAACAGAUCGCUUCCAAGACCUGACGUACAAGAUGAUGAACACGUCCACUCUCCGUGUCUCUUGGAACAGUGUCCCUGACAAGUAUACCAUCCAGUACAGCAAUGAACUGACUCUGCCUCUCCACCAAUGGACCAGUGUUGAUACCGUGGGCAAUACCGUUUUGUUGACUGGCGUGGACCUGACCAAGGAGUUGUACGUGAUGGUGACGGGAUACGAACCUCUUGGGCGCAGCCAGAUCCUGAAGAUACCUGCACUAGUGCCUGAAGCCAAGGAUUUGCAGUACUGGUACACCCCGACGGGCGUGCAGGUGACCUGGAAGGGGCAGGGUCCACGCAUGGUGCGAUACUCGCAGAACCUCACUCAGUCGCUGGACCUCUGGCUUACCAUCAACGUCACCACUAACAGCGUACAUAUCUCAGGCCUCGAACCUGAGCAAUCAACGUACGUGAUGGUGAUACUUCCAGGGCCUAACCCUCGCAGUCAAGUGCUGACCAUUCCACCGCGGCCACCAGACCAGUCGCAAUACUAUCUGAGUAUUGGCAUUGGUUGUGGAGUGGUUCUGAUCUGCGUGCUGGCGGCUGCGGCAGUAUGCAUAUGGAGACGGAGGAAGAGGUCGCAUUCUCCUGUCAGGUCCCGCAGACGCAACCUAUCGUCAAAUGACGGCAACGAAGAAGAGGGCGCAGAAAUGAAGAACAUCGGUAACCGCCUCGCCAACGGAGGAGGAUCCAAGGACGCUGGAGAACCUCUACUCAACGGUCACGUUCAUAUUACUGAGAAUCCUAACCAGUCGAAGACGCCGAACGGUCGCAUGCGCAAGGGCCGUCGCUACGAGGCUGCGUUCGACGUGGCUCGCUACGAGGACCCCGACACCACCCUGGAGACAGUCCUCGACCCCGACACCUCCGCCUCCACCACCUUCAACCUCCUCGACACCUCCCGGAGGCCGGAGUACGAUGUGUCGCGGUCCUCCAGGGACCUCAGUGCUAACAACUCGUUCAACAAACUCCCAGACGACAACAUGAACUCCGAACUCACGCGAAGCACCGACUUCCAACUAGACAACAGCAAAAUUCUCCCCACGCUCCAACCUAACGGUUGAGAACCCCCCACCCUCCCGAUAAGCAAGAACUACACUAGGGGUAGGCGGCCCCUGAGAUCUGGUAUCCUUCGAUACCGAUUUCUCGCGUCAAUUCGAAUGGUGUGCUAUUUAUAAGUCAAGGAUUGAGAUUGUGUACAGACAAAAAUGUUUUUUUUACUAGUUGCUCGUUAGACACAGUAAAAUGGAUAUACGACUAAAAUAAGGAAGGGUAAUACUUAAAGUUUUUAAUAGAUAAUAAUGAGGCUUAAAAUAGUCCGAAUGAUACGGGUUCGCGCGAGGAUAGCUUAUCGUGUUUCGUUCCUAACGUUAGAAUUUAUUUUUAAUGAUUGUAAGGCUGAUAUUAUUUUGGUAAACAAUAGUACGGGUAAAUAAUUUAAGUGUUAAAAAUGGAUUCAGGUCGGAAGUAACUGUUGUUCAAUAGCACGUGAAGUUAUUCUCGCCUAAUCUGUUCGUAACUUCGCCGUAGUGAAGGAUCACCCUCUAAUGAUUGUUACUAUGUAUAUUAUUAUAUAACGUUUUUAUUGCCGAUUUUACGGCAACACGCACUUGUAAAUAGCGUUGUUCGUUUACGGCCUGAGAUUAAAUGCGCCCGACAAUAAUGUAGGAAUGGCGCGUACGCACGUGACCGCAGGUCUGCGCCGGCGCGCCUCCCGCCGCGCGGCCGCGGGUCGUGGAUAUAAACAGUGCCUCUUUGAAGUACACACUGGUUCAUAAGUCAUACAAAUAGAUUCACCGUUAGUGCAACAUAAUCGUACAAAAUAUAGACCAAAAUAAUUCCAAACACAUUGAAAUUCGCGUGUACAUAACAUAGAACAAAAAAUAUUUAUCCAUGUUGAAAAUAUGAUAAUUACUUUACAUAAACUACUAAAUAUUUAUUAUUUUCUGAUUAUUAUUUCACACAGUAAAUAGACAAAGCCUCAGAUGCUAGUAUUCUUCACAAUUUACAUUCCAGAUUUUGUUUUAAAUAUAUAUAUUUGUCACAUAUUUUAAUAACAAUAAUACAAAUGCACAGGUUUUUAUAUAUCACUGUUAUAGUUUGUUUUAGCAGUUUUAUGAUUCACAAAAUUCUAGAUACCUACUUAAAACCUAAGAAAUCAAGUAGAUAGAUUAAAAAAGUAAAUUUAAAGUAUAAAGUAUAUAUAUAAUGAUAAAGUAAUAAUAUAUUACAACGAACUAUAACUAUUAUAAAUUGAAAAUAGUUUAUUAAAGCACGCGUUAUCGUUAUAAAAAGUUACUAAAAAAGUUAUUGCACAUUUCCCCCUCUUUUUUUGAAACUGGAACAUGUUUAGCUUACGUUUUGCCACUGGUGGUCAUGCCACUAUUUCACAUUUAUAAAAUAUACCCAAUUAUUUUAUACGUUACAGUUAUUGCAGUUUGUUAAAAACUUAAACUGGUUUUAUUUAGCAUCAAAUACAACUGUUCUUUAACUACAAUAAUGUAAAAUAUAUAAUGUUGUUUGAAAUGUACCCACUUUCAGAUAACGUAAUGAAAGUUCCCGCCUAAUUAGCACAACUUAAAAUUCAGUUUUAUUAUUAGAAUAUAUUUAUAAUAAUAUUAAAGUGCCUAUUAUUAGCGGUAUAACCUGCAAUACUUAAUUAACUUUGCGCUUUUUAAAACAUUAUUUAUUAAUUAAAUUUAAAAAAGAAGACUGACGUGGCCAAAUGUUGUAGUGACGUAAGCUAAACGUGUUCUGCCACGGCGGACAUGUUUGUGUAAAUGUCAAAUUAUGUUCGCCGACCAUUAUUCCAUAUCACAAUUUGUAUCUACCUCAUUUUAUUCGUUUUAAGAUUAAUUUAGAUGUUAUUCGAAAAUGUUUAAUGUUGAAGAUCGAUUAAGUUUUCUUCGAUAACCCAUCGAUGAGGUUGAAUGGCACUUACUGCAUAGAUUUAGUGGUGUUUUUUUAUUUAUUUAUUAUUAGGACCGUAAGUAUUUCACUGAUAAUUUGUAAUGUAUUUUUUUAUUUUUCUUCAGUUUUUUUUUAUUUAAGGUAGUGUUAGUGGACGGUUAUUGGUCGAUGUUAUGCAGGUUAUCCUUUUAUUAGUUUAAAAAAAAUAUAUUGACAAUCUCAAGGUAGAUUACUUAAUGGUAAUGUGAUUUGAUGGUAAGACAAUAAAAAUUAACAAUAACGGAAAUAGUUAUAGGACAGAUAAUAAAGUGGUUGUUACAGAUUACAGAUGAAAAUGAAUAAACAGAUAAUCUAAUAACAUCGACCAACAAUAAGGUAUUAGAAAAGUUACGGCAGUACCUUGAAUAGCACAUUUUUGGUUUCUAUUUGUGUACAAAAAUCUUGACUGAUUUUGUUUAUCGCACUAAAAUCAGGCGCCUAUCUUCGAGUAUAAAGUAUAUAUUUAGUACCUAUUUAUAUUUCUUGAGUAAAAGCACCUAGGUACAAUUUAUUAAACGGUAAGGACUGGCGAACGUGGCGUACAUUAAGUCAAAAAAUAAAAAAGAAAUUAAAUUUGAAAAUUUUCACGAAAUUGUAUAAAUUUUUCUCUUUAAUAAUAUUAAAUUUAGGGCAUUUUUACGUCUAAAUAAAUUUAUUUUUUGACUUAUUAUGGCACCCGGUCGCCAUUGUAAAUAAUAUUAUAAAAUAUAAAAAAAACUCAGUUUAAAAUUAAAUUGAAAGGAAAACGCCGACUAUGUACCUGAAAAAAUUCAAUUACACUAAGUUAGCUAGACUUAGGUGUAGUUUUAGAUCUUUAAACAAAUCUAGAAUUUUAUCUUUGACGCUAGGUUUUGUCACAGGGUCUAAGCUUCGAUUCUGAAUAGUUUCAAUGGAGUAUGCGCUACUUUUUUCCUUGGUUUUAGCAGAAAAUUAGUGCAUCUUUUGUAUUUUUUCAACGUUUCUUCUUGGGCUCGACGUAGUGCGCUGGUUUUGUUUUUUUUUUCUAAUAUAUUACACAUGUUUUUUUUCUCCCAGUAUUGUUAUAUUGCGUGUCCGAAUUUCGCUGUUGUCUUAAAGUAUUUAAUACGUAUUACCAUUACACGACACAACUGUUCAAAAGUACCUACAGCAGUCUAAAGGACCAUUUAGAGCCAAAAAUGAAUAAAAACACAAUUUAUUUAAUCGCCUAUUUCCAUUAUAAAAUAAGUAAGUUGAAUAAAAAAGAU